AUGACUCAGCUCAUGGAGUACUUAUUGGAUCGAGUGCUGCAUGGAGGAAACUUUAAUGACCCAAUCUGCCUGAACAAGAAAGCAGUAGAAUACCUGGAGGAGUAUCGGCACACACAAGUUCAUUUGGCAGCAGGUCUAGUUGUGCAGUUGAGCAGGGAUGUUUGGACACCUCCUCCUGAAUCGGUUUUCAAAUUGAAUUUUGAUGCAGCCAUAUUCAUGGAGUCAGACAGGUUUGGGUUUGGUGUGAUUAUUAGAAAUGAUAAGGGAGAGGUGAUGGUUGCCAUGUCUGCCAAAGGUCCAGUGGUGAGUAGCAGCGAUGAAGCCAAGAUGCUAGCUUGCAGAAAAGUAAUUGAAUUUACAAUGGAUGAUGGGUUUUCAAAACUAGUCAUUAAAGGGGAUAAUGCUAAUGUUAUAAAAGCCAUUUCAUCUUCAAUGGCUAACCUGUCAUUGAUAUGGAAUGUGGUAGACGAUAUUCAUCAUUUGAUCCAUGGUUUGCACUGGGUGAAUAUUUGUUGCACGAGGAGCAGAGGAAAGAAGGUGGCACAUGCACUUGCACAACAUGCUAGAAAUAUUUCAAAUGAUAUGUAUUGGAUGGAGGACUCAUCUCCUCCAGCUAUGAAAACUUUGUAUUAG